UCAAUUCCGAUCAGUAGUAAAGGUUGUGACACAUUAUAGGCAGUUUUAUGGUGUCCCCUUUCAACAUUCUGUAUAAUAUACGUGAAAAUAGCAUCCACGGCUCACAAUUUACGAGCAAGGGUCAGGAGCUUGCAAGAUGCUGCUUGUGGCAGUGUUGGGGUUAACGUCCUUCCAGCUGGUGACUGCGUAUGUUCAUCAUGUGGAACGGAGAGGAACCGUUUGCGAGCUGCCUGACGGGAGCACUCGGACCGUCGGCGAAAAAUUCACAAUCGGGGAGAGCAAAUGUAUAAAGUACGAGUGCUUACAGGAUGGUUCGGCGCCAUAUUACUACGCGGGCUGUCAGAAGCCGGACGGCGUCUGUGUGGAUGUAAACCAGACAUAUAAUGAUGGAUGCAGCGUGAAAACCUGUAUGUUUACCAACGGUACACUGGCCUUCGUCGGGGAUGGCUGUUCUGACACUGAGCUGGGAGUUUGCAAAUCAGAGGCAGAAGUUUGGCAGGUCAAACGUCGUCUAAACGAAAAACAGGACUACGGUCAGUGUAUCACCAAACAAUGUCUACCCGGAGGGGCAAACAAUAUCACAAAGACACAAUGUCUAUUCAAAAAUACCUGCUUUGACAUCGGACAGUUUGCUUUAAAUGAGGAGAAAUGUGAGAAGAUUGAAUGUGUCUACGACGCUGGGGAACACAACUUUAUCAUGAUGCCUAUAACUAUGUGCACCGCGCAGAAUAGCACCCAUUCUUGGUGUGUCGACAUCGGGUCUGAGGGGUUUCCACGGAUCAUCAACGGGGUUCACUACCACGACUGCAUGUGUUCAAAAAAUGGAAACGGACUAAGCUAUCAGUGUUACCUACUGGAAUGAGAGCUCUGGGUGUUCAAGGGAAGGAACCUGUCUCGCCUCUGCCUUUUCUAUGUAAAAGAAGACCAGGUGAAAAUAAAUGUCACAAAUACCGUUUGUCAAUGUAAAUAAAAACGUUUAAAAGUUCCCCA